CCAUGGUAGCCAAACAUGGCGCCUGGUAAGCAGCCAAUUCUGUCGUCGGUCCCCCUGCAAGUGCUCCUGUAUCUCAACUGCUGGUACUUUGGCGCUUUCUUCCUGGCGGAUGUCCUCAUGUUCGUCUACAAAGGGCUUUUGCUGCCCUACCCGACGAAUAAUCUGAUCCUGGAUGUGGCGCUGCUGGUUCUCUUCCUCGGUCUGGAAAGUCUCCGGGUCUUCUACGGGUGGAAGGGCAACCUGUGCGAGCACGCGGGAACCACCAUACUGUCUCUGCUCCUGCUUCUACCGUGCGUCACGCUGUGCGUCUACUUCCUGUUGCUGCAAACCUUCGUGCUGCGUCUGGAGUUCCUGCUGUGUUCGGUGUUGCUUUGCUUUUAUGGACUCCAGUUCCUACUCAGCGUGCUAGCGUUGUCCAGCUUCGCCAGGUCCAAAGUUUUCUGACGAGGACCGGGCGUCACCAAAAAGAUGUGUUCGGCUAACCUCCAUGAAGUUGGUCCACCAUCGGAAGCAAAUUGAUUUAAAAAUGAUGUCAACUGUUUGUGCUGUAAAUAGUUUUUGAUGCUGUCGCUUUUUAGUUAUUUACAAUUCUUUUAUAAGUCAAUCUGAGGUCAACCAGUGCACCAUUUUGAUUAAAAAUUGUUUAUAAUAGUGUUAGUCGUUUGUGCUGUCAAAAUGUUUGUUUGUUCUGCAACGGUUUCAGCUGUACACCCUGGGCAGGGUCCUCGCAGGUGCAUAGGAGUUCACCUGACAGGUCAACAUGUGUUUUGUGAAUUUGGAGAACCGUUCGACUGUAUCCUGUGGGAGGUGCUUCGGGAGUACGAGGUACCGAGCCCAUUGGUAAGAGCUGUUCGGUCCUUGUACAACAGGUGUCAGAGUUUGGUCCGCAGUGCCCGCAGUAAGUCGCAUUCGUUCCCAGUGAGGGUUGGAAUCUGCCAAGGAUGCCCUUUGUUAGCCUGGUACACCAGACUCACCGCUGUUCCAGCUAUGGAGUCCGGCGACUGUUGAGCGGAUCAAAUUUCCAGGGCGGAGCAAGCCACAGCAAAUAGACAGUGGAGUGGACCAAUCAGCGACGGGCGAACUUGACGUUGGUAAAGCAACAGGAAACUAGCGCGAGUUGAGAACGAAGAAGUUUAUUCAACAUGGUUACGCGAGACAGACUGUUGUCAAUGACUUGUGUCGGUGUGUUUUUGGUCAUUUAAAACUGAUUUUACCGCGGACUGGAACAUAUUCUCGGCUCUCCCGUUCGCCAUCUGUGUUGUUCUGGAGACUACUUCUGACGCGCAAGAGUGACGUUUUUCCUUAAGAUGUCACGCAAAUCAUCGAAUCUGAUUGGACGGAUGAUUUGGUUUGGCUCCAGAGGCCAUUAAGGAUCUGGGUCCCAGACUAUUCUCACAGUCUUUGAAAAAUACAGGGAGAAAAGUCUGGCUGCGCCAGGCAAGCUCUUUGUCACCGAUUCUGUUCUUAACUCUAACUUUUAUGAACAGAAUUUCUAGGUGCAGCUGAAGCGUUGAGAGGCUCCAGUUUGGUGUCCUCAGCAUUGCAUCUCUGCUUAUUGCAGAUGAUGCGGUGCUGUUGGUUUCGU